AUGGGGAACCCCAGCAAUGUGACGGAAUUCAUUCUUUUGGGCAUUGCAAAGAACCCAGAGCUGCGAAAAAUACUCUCUGCUGUGUUUCUAAUCAUGUACGUGUCCACCGUUUUGGGAAACCUUCUCAUUGUGGUAACUGUGGUCACAAGUCAGAGUCUGAGGUCACCCAUGUAUUUUUUCCUUACCUCCUUGUCCGUCAUGGAUGUCACCUACUCUUCGGUCAUUGCCCCCAAGUUGAUUGUGGACUCCCGCUCUGAGAGCACUGUCGUCUCGCUCAAAGCCUGCAUGGCCCAGCUCUUCUCUGAGCACUUCUUUGGUGGAGUGGGCAUCAUCCUUCUCACUGUGAUGGCCUAUGACCGUUACGUGGCCAUCUGUAAGCCUCUUCACUACAAGACCAUCAUGAGGCCUCCUGUGUGCUGCCUACUGCUGGGAGGGUCAUGGGUGGGAGCACUUAUCCAUGCAACAGUGCAGCUUCUCUUCAUGUAUCAAAUACCCUUCUGUGGUCCCAACGUCAUUGAUCACUUUAUGUGUGAUUUGUUUCCGUUGCUGAAACUGGCCUGCAUGGACACCCGCACCCUGGGCCUCUUAGUCAUCCUCAACAGUGGGGUGAUGUGUGUCACCAUCUUCUUCAUCCUCGUCACCUCUUAUGUGGUCAUUCUCUGCUCCCUGAAGUCCUACAGUUCUGAAGGGCGGCGUAAAGCCCUCUCCACCUGUGGCUCCCACCUCAUGGUGGUCUUCAUGUUCUUCAUGCCUUGUAUUUUCUUGUACGUGAGGCCUGUGGUCACUUACCCCAUAGACAAGGCAAUGGCUGUGUCCUUCACCAUCGUUGCACCCAUGUUAAAUCCCCUGAUCUACACCUUGAGGAAUGUGGAGGUGAAAAACGCCAUGAGGAAACUGUGGAUGAAACAAGGGGCCUUGUGUGGUCAUUAG